UUUAUUGUUUAUGAUUUUAUUGUACUUAAUAUUAAUAAUUUUAAUAUUGGUUUGUAUUAAUAUAAUACAGGUGAAGGUGUGAUUUUACCGACAAACACGACUCGCGUGUACUUCGCAUUUAAAUAAUGAUGUUAACAAUUUUCUUUAAAGAUUAAUAAUAUUAUUUAAGUUGUUAUUUUAUAAAUAUUUAUACUAGCAAUAAGCGUUUUUAUCUGGCAACAGGUACUUUGAAUGUUAUUGCUAGUACUGUUUAUUACAAAUUUUUUGAAGCAUUGGUUAGCUGCAGAAUUGAAAACCUUUACGGAAAAAACACUCAAUUUUUUAUUUUACACUCAAAUUUAAAUUUACUCGCAAAAUUGAGUAUAUACUUAUUGAGUGUAUAUUAAAAAUUGAGAGUUAAUUCUCAAACUGUCAAUGUUUAUACUCAAUUUUGAGAGUACAUACUUAAUCUUUCAGCAUUACGAGAUAUUAAUUUUACAAGAUUUUAAGUAAAUAUUAGUAAUUAAAGAUAAAAAUCUUAUAAAUCAAGCUUAAAAAGUAUAAAUGGAUAAGAAAAUUAUAUUCUUCAUUAAUUUCAAGUAGAGUUAAUUUUCACAAUUUUUAACUCUAAAGUUUAUUAUUACAAAUUAUAAAGGUAUACGAUAUUUAUUGGAAAUGGAUGUUAAAUGAUGACACAAUAUCUAUAUCGAUCGACUUCAAAUUGACCGAAGUAUUAUCAAAUGUUGCGGUGUUCGAAGUUGCUGUAUUGCGAUCGUUAGAGACAAGUGAAAAUAGACAGUCUGGAAGAGAUCCGCAUGAUAUUAAACGCGAUGAAGCAGGUACUCGUCAUAUAAGGCAUGCUUUCGUAGACAGCCGUCAGUUUGAAAGUGCGAGCUGUCGCGCGUGGAACCGGUACAAAUCCGCGCGCAAGAUAUCGACAUGCGGUCGAGACUUUGUUUUGUGCUGAUCACGUUGCUCGCUGUUUCCGCUAACAUUGCGGCGGAGAAAGGAAAAUCCGGAGAAGUUCCUUGUAUAGACGACAACAAGUUCUAUCGUAAUCCUAAGGCACCAUCACAUAGUAUCUGGUCACCUGCAGAAUGCGCUAAAUAUUUCCUCUGCUUAGAUGAUGAAGUGUUCGAAUUCAAAUGCUCGGAAGGACUUCUUUUCGACGUCUCUAGGCAGAUUUGUGAUUUUAAAACAAACGUCGAUAAUUGCGACGUAACUUCAGAUGCCCAACCGGCGAAGCCGCUGCUUAAGGAUGGCGAAUGUGACGAGGAAAGCCUGGCCUGCGGAGAUGGUACGUGUCUUCCGGCUCUAUAUUUUUGUGAUGGAAGCGUCGAUUGUCCCGAUAGCUCUGACGAAGGAUGGUGUGACAUGAGACACGAUAUAAAUGCUGCGUCAGUUUGUGACGCGCAGAAAUGCCAGUUACCAAAUUGUUGGUGCUCUAAGGAUGGAACUCAAAUUCCAGGAAAUUUUACUGCACUCGCGAUUCCACAAAUGAUAGCGAUCACUUUUGAUGAUGCUGUAAAUGCUGAAAAUUUUGAACUUUACUCAAAAAUUUUUACGAAUGACAGAAAAAAUCCCAAUGGCUGUACUAUAAAAGGUACUUUCUAUAUUAGUCAUCAGUUUACAAAUUACAGAGACGUGCAAUAUUUGUGGAACACCGGUCACGAAAUAGCUGCACAUUCCGUUACACAUCGUGGACCCGAAGAAUGGUGGUCGAAGAAUGCGACAAUCGAAGACUGGUUUGACGAGAUGGUCGGAAUAGCAAACAUCAUCAAAAAAUAUGCAGCGGUUCGCAUUGGAGAUAUCAGAGGAGUAAGAGCACCUUUUCUACAAGUCGGAUGGAAUCGCCAGUUUCUAAUGAUGUCUGAAUUUGGCUUCGUUUACGAUUCCUCUAUUGUCGCACCUUUUUCCGAUCCACCUUUUUGGCCUUACACACUCGACUACAGGCCGCCGCAUCCAUGCAUACGUGCAGGGCAACUCUGCCCUACCCGUUCUUAUCCGAAUAUCUGGGAACUACCUCUAAAUCAACUUUUGGCAAAUGAUUACACAUGCAGUACUGUGGACUCAUGUCCCCCCGACUUAUCUGGCGAAGAAGUUUAUAAGAUGCUCAUGCUAAACUUUAAGAGGCAUUAUCUUACUAAUCGCGCGCCUCUCGGUCUACACUUUCAUGCAUCAUGGUUUCAAAAUCCAAUGUAUUUUUAUGCAUUUAAUAAAUUCAUUGACGAUCUACUUCGGUUGGAUGAUGUGUUUUUCGUCACAAAUCAUCAAAUUGUGGAGUGGAUGCGCAGACCAACACCUUUGAACGAAAUUGAAAAGUUUGCACCAUGGCAAUGUGCGAAACGACAUUUUGAACCGUACGAGAUGGCAUGUGACUUGCCAAAUAGUUGCAAAUUGCCCAGUAAAGUUCUUAAAUCAUACAGGUAUUUACAUACAUGUUUUGAAUGUCCAAAACAAUAUCCAUGGUUGAGAAACGAAUUCGGGACUGAGUGAAAAUGGUAGAAGCGACUUAUUAGGA